GGCGGGAGGGGCUCGGCUGUCUUUCUCUCUCUCUCUCUCUGUGGUGCUGGGAGCCGCUUUGAUUCCGCUGGAGAAGGUGAGUCUGGAGCCGCUACUGCACAGGAGCCGAGGUGAGGCCUAGGAGAAGAGAAGCAGAUAAGGAAACGUGCAGAGAAAGGAGGACAAUCAAAAUGCAAGCUCCACUAGCUCUUAUGGCUUCACCAGCCCUGUUGCGCUGCUGUUCUCGAGCUCUAACAAGGCCAGCUUCCCUUUCUAUAUUGAGCAGGCCAGAAAUUCAAACUGUGCAGCCCUUUGGCAUUUCCAAUAAUCAGCUGGUUCAUCGGGAAUUCCAAACCAGUGCGGUCUCCCGUGACAUUGAUACUGCUGCUAAAUUCAUUGGUGCUGGUGCUGCUACUGUGGGAGUAGCUGGCUCAGGAGCAGGAAUUGGGACAGUAUUUGGCAGUUUAAUCAUCGGCUAUGCCAGGAACCCAUCCCUCAAGCAGCAGUUGUUUUCUUAUGCUAUCCUGGGCUUUGCCCUCUCAGAGGCCAUGGGGCUCUUCUGUUUGAUGGUGGCAUUUCUCAUCUUGUUCGCCAUGUGAAAUCCUUGGAACUAUGCUGCAGCUGCUGUCUGUCUGUGUCCUCACCGGUUUGAACUUGCCUCCCUUUGCCAGGGUGUUCCAAACUUUCUCUAAAUAAAUAAGAUUAAAGUUU